AUGAAGAACAUCGUUGUGCUCGGCGUUGGCGUUGCUGCCGCACCUCUCAUCCGCCAGACCAUGCGCAACGUCGUUCUCAAGGACAAGGAUUACAAGAUGAUUGUCGUUGCGCCCAACACUCACUUCCACUGGCCCAUUGCCAUGCCCCGAGUCAUUGUGCCGGGCCAGCUGGCCGACGACAAGGCCAUGAUCGACCUCCGGCCCUUUUUCAAGGAAUACCCCGAGAGCCAGUUUGAAUUCGUCCUCGGCACCGCCAGCGCCAUGGAUCCGGCCAGCAACACCGUCACCGUCUCGCCCAGCGAGGGCGGCAGCCGCACCAUCAACUACCACACCCUCGUCGUGGCCACCGGCAGCUCAUCCCCGGGCAUGCCCUGGACAGUCAUGGGCUCGACCGAGCAGACCAAGCAGCGCACACAUGAGCUGCGGCAGCAGAUUGAGAGCGCCAAGACCAUUGUCGUCGUCGGCGCUGGCGCAACCGGCACCGAGACUGCGGGCGAGCUGGGCUUUGAAUACUCCAAGGCGGGCAAGAAGGAGGUCUAUCUCGUUUACAACGACAAGCUGCCGCUCACGCCGCCCACCAUGGAUAGCGUCCGCAAGGCGGCCAAGAACGAGCUGGAGAAGCUCAAGGUCAAGCUGGUGCCCAACACCACCGUCUCUGCCGUCGAGCAGUCGGGCAACGACACCAUCUUGACCCUGACAAGCGCCGACGGCACCACCAAGACGCUCACGACGCAGGCUUACAUCCCAGCUACGGGCCUUGUUCCCAACACCUCGUUUGUGCCGGCAAACCUCCUCGACAACAGAGGAUACAUCAAGCAGACCAAGGCUCUUCUGGCAGAGGGCUUCGACAACAUCUUUGUCCUCGGCGACGUGGGCAACCUGGAGGCCAGCAAAGCCGGCGCUGCAAGCGCGCAGACGAUUCAUCUCGUCAAGGCUCUGCCCAUCUACUUCAAGGGCGGCGCGAUGCCCGCGUACAGCCCCAACACCACUGAGAUUUCCGCUGUUACGCUGGGAAGAAGCCGUGCCACGGGCCAGAUGGGCUCGUUCAAGCUGUUCAGCUACCUCAUCUACUACGCCAAGGGUCGAUACCUGGGCACGGACUAUGCCCAUCUGAUUGCGGCGGGCAAGAAGUCUAUGCUGACGAAUUUCGAGAAGUGA